GCGGUGUGCGACUGUGUGGGGCAGCCUGGGGCAGCCCCGGAGCGGCUGACCCUCUGCCUGUGGGGACGGGAGUCGCGAGGCGGCCGCCAUGGCGGGGUCGGAGAGCCAGCUCAAGAAAAUGGUGUCCAAGACAACUACCUGUAUUCUUACAUGCUACAUCUACAGCAUUCCUAGAGGUGGAGUCACUACUAACUAGUACAAAUACAGAGACCUAACUGUACGUGAAACUGUCAGUGUUAUUACUUUAUACAAAGAUCUCAAACCUGUAUUGGAUUCAUAUGUUUUUAAUGAUGGCAGUUCCAGGGAACUAAUGAACCUCACUGGAACGAUUCCUGUGCCUUAUAGAGGUACUACAUAUAAUAUUCCAAUAUGCCUGUGGCUGCUGGACACAUACCCAUAUAAUCCCCCUAUCUGUUUUGUUAAGCCUACUAGUUCAAUGACUAUUAAAACAGGAAAGCAUGUGGAUGCUAACGGGAAGAUAUAUCUUCCUUAUCUACAUGAAUGGAAACACCCACAGUCAGACUUGUUGGGGCUUAUUCAAGUUAUGAUUGUGGUGUUUGGAGAAGAACCUCCAGUCUUUUCUCGUGCUACUAUUUCAGCAUCCUAUCCACCAUACCAGGCAACAGGGCCACCAAACACUUCCUACAUGCCAGGCAUGCCAAGUGGAAUUUCUGCAUACCCAUCCGGAUACCCUCCCAAUCCCAGUGGUUACCCAGGCUGUCCUUACCCACCUGGCAGUCAGUAUCCUGCCACCACAAGUUCCCAGUACCCUUCCCAGCCUCCUGUGACCACUGUUGGUCCCAGUAGGGAUGGCACAAUCAGCGAGGACACUAUCCGAGCCUCUCUCAUCUCAGCAGUCAGUGACAAACUGAGAUGGCGGAUGAAGGAGGAAAUGGAUCGUGCCCAGGCAGAGCUCAAUGCCUUGAAACGAACAGAGGAAGACCUGAAAAAAGGUCACCAGAAACUGGAAGAGAUGGUUACCCGUUUAGAUCAAGAAGUAGCUGAGGUUGAUAAAAACAUAGAACUUUUGAGAAAGAAGGAUGAAGAACUCAGUUCUGCUCUGGAGAAAAUGGAAAAUCAAUCUGAAAACAAUGAUAUUGAUGAAGUUAUCAUUCCCACAGCCCCACUAUACAAACAGAUCCUAAAUCUGUAUGCAGAGGAAAAUGCUAUUGAAGACACUAUCUUUUACUUGGGAGAAGCCUUGAGGCGGGGAGUAAUAGACCUGGACGUCUUCCUGAAGCAUGUACGUCUUCUGUCCCGUAAACAGUUCCAGCUGAGGGCACUAAUGCAGAAAGCAAGAAAGACUGCCGGUCUCAGUGACCUCUACUGACUCCUCUGAUACCAGCUGGAGAUUGAGCUCUUCUAAAGCAUUCUUUUCUUCUCUUCCUUUCUCUUAUAUCAGUAGGUGCCAGAAUAAGUUAUUGCAGUUUAUCAUUCAAGUGUAAAAUAUUUUGAAUCAAUAAUAUAUUUUCUGUUUUCUUUUGGUAAAGACUGGCUUUUAUUAAUGCACUUUCUAUCCUCUGUAAACUCUUUUUGUGCUGAAUGUUGGGACUGACUAUGCUAAAUAAAAUU